GUCAAGCAGAAAGCAUAUACAAGUUUCGUUUUGAACCAUAAGUCUAAACCAAACUUAGAAGCCUGAACUCACCUCGAGAACUUGAAAUGUGUCAUUGUCAUGUCUGGUUCAGUUCAAAAUCAGAUAUUUGUUAAGUAGUAAGGUUAAGUAUAGUGCUGUCACCUUUUUUCAGUGAAGACUAACCUAAUGGCUCUCAACGUUAAACCAAAGUUUGGAACUGCGUUGUCGCUGUCACUUGCUACUAGAACUGAUGUAAGAUUAUGACCCUAGAUCAUUCAUGUUCCCUCACUAUGACAUCCAGAAGCUACAUUGCGUCUCUAUCUCAAGAUGCUCAAUCAUGCCACGUUCAAAAAGUGUUUGGGGACAAACUAAAUGAUGAAGAGAAACUGCAAGUUUUAGAAGCUCUCAUGUCAACAUGUCAGCAGAAAACUAGCCCUCAGUUCCCAGACCUGGAUGCAAAUGAUCUUGAGCCAGGCCGUUACGAUUGUAAUGUGUGUGGGAAGAAAAAUAAGUCUUCUAGUCAAUACUAUGGCCACUUGAAGAAACACAAGAAUGAUAAUUUCCAAUGGACAUGUUCUCAAUGUCCGGAAGGGACAUCAAUAUUUCAGUCACUUUCCCUUCUAAGCAAGCAUAAAAAAUCAAACCAUAUAGAGUUAGGAAAUGAUAAGCUCCUGAAUGUUGAGUUUGGCGAGACCUCUGUGAGAGAAACUCAUGAAAAUAAGAAACGUUUCGCUCAAUCUCAAUUCGCAUGUCAGUUAUGUGAUAAAAAUUUCAAUAAAAGGUCAGAUCUUAAAGUUCAUUUGGCCUCUCACUUAUCUCUAAAAGGCUGUGUGUGUGAAGUUUGCGGACGCUCCUUUAGUCAUAUGAGCAACCUUAUCCGUCAUUCAUAUGUGCAUACAGGUUUUAAACCUUAUCCAUGCAAAGUGUGCGGAAAACGUUUUACUCAAGUAACAUCUCUUAACCAGCAUAGCAUCAGUCAUCACAGCAAUCAACGAAAUCCUUGUCCAGCUGUGCCAGAAAAAUGUGAUAAAUUGUUCCGCACUCCUGCAAUAGCAAAGCAACAUGCAUAUAGAGUCCACCCUGACGUACAGUGGGAAAAUGUUGAUCCUAAAAAUUUAGACAAAAAAAGGAAACGCAAAUAUUAUUGCAGACACUGUGGAGAAACAUUCCUGUCUACCAAUGAACUAAAGUCUCAUUUUACUCAACACUACAAAAAUGAAGUGAGAAUAUGUAAGAUAACAUGUAUCAAGGAAAAUCUUGAUAUGAUUGCUGAAACUGGUCCUGAUAGUGUGAUAGAGAUAAAGUUAUUGGACAGUUUUGAGAAUGAGGUGAACAACAGCUCUACCAAUGAACUAAUUGAAGAUUAUGGUGAUCAUGUCAGUAAAAACCUAAGCAGUGACCAAAAAGAUUUACCUCUUAAACUAAAUGAAGUCAAUGCUGAGAUAAUAAGUGAAGGUCUUUUUAGUACCUCUGGUAAUUCAAAUCUGAGCAGUUUAGAUGAUUUAGCCCCCCCAAAAGACAUUGGAACUGAAAUUAUCAACCCAUCCGGCAUGAAAAUAUCUCAUGACAACCGUUCUGGUCUUGAGCCAGAACUCAGUACCCAAAAACUGAUUAAUUGGACUGCAAAAAGAAUUGAUGAUCUUAGCAAUUUCGACCUUGCCAAUGUGGCAGUUGUUGGUAAGAGCAGUGAGGAAGCGAUUCAUGGGCAUUUAGAGAGUAACAAGAGGAAUGUUGAAAUUACUGUAUCACCUGAACACUGCCAAGCAAACCUAGAAACAAAGCUGGUUCAAAGAAAUGAGUGUGGGAAUUCACCUGAAAUUUUGUUAGAGCAAUGUGUUAAUGAAGAAAGUUCUUCGGGUAUGUCACAUGAUGUGGAUAUGGGAUUAUGCCCUGAUUCCCCCAACAACCAGCCAAUGUUUGAUAAUGACAAUGAUGUUCGUGACCAAUUUGGUGAUGUGAAGUGUCUGGAAAGUUAUCAAAUCCCAGAACCCCUGAUACUAUCCUUUGGAGAUAGUUAUUCAGCCCUUUUAAAAGAAAUAGGAAUUGGGGAAGAUGAUACAAAUCUUGAGGUGAGUUCUGAUGCAAAUGACAACACUACCAAAGACGAAGAUCGUCAUAAUAGACCAUUGCUUUGGGACAAUUACUCAACUCUCUUAAAAGAGAACCAACAAGAUAUUCAGGGGGAAGAAGAAGAUAAGAAUACUCAAAUAAGCAAUCAUGAUCAUUUGAAUGAAUCGUGUGUUGGUAUUGCUGGAUUUCCUGUGGGCAAUAAUUCCACUGCCAUUGCAGGACAAGAUUUUAGUCUCUCACAACAGGAAAGCUGCGGGCUAAAAAUGAAAUCUUCAACAAAUAAGGAUAUGAUAAUUUAUGUAGCUGAAAAUGACUCUUCCAAAAUUGAGGACUCCUUGAAACAGGGAAUACCAGAGAUAAACUUCAAAGAGCCUCAUGAGAUUGAAGGAAAAAGUAACAGUACGAUAUUCUCUAAGAACCAUAAAGCUGCAAGUUUGCUUGAAAAUAUUACCAAGAAUUUCAACAGCAAAUACUGUAAAACCAUGAAGAGGGAGACUUCCAACCAUAUAAAGAAAAAUCUCUUGUUGCAGCCACAAUGUAACAAGGUACCUACAAAUAUUGUAUCAUCUUCAACUUCUGAAUUCUCUGACGUACCCUGUGCUUCAGAGUCAAAAAUGAAUAAGACUGAUAAAAUAUGCCCUGAAUGUGGCAAAACAUUUUUCAAGGCAUCCAAUUUAACUCAACAUCUUGGUUUACAUUUUCCCAAUAUGAAGACAUAUGAAUGUGGCAUAUGCAAUAUUUCAUUCUCAUGGAAGUCAUCCCUGAAUAAACAUAUGAAUUCUCAUUCGGAAAGUUUGAGACAGUACCUUUGUGACUUGUGUGGCAAACAGUACAAAUCAUUUAAUCAGGUCCAGCAACAUAAAAGAAGGGAUCAUGAAAGUCUUCGGCCCCAUGUUUGUAGAACAUGUGACAAAACGUUUUUCAGAAAGCAUGAUUUACUCAUUCAUCAAAGAAUUCACACUAACAAUAAGCCAUUCAUGUGUGAAAUUUGUGGUAAAGUGUUUAACCAUAUUUCACAUGUCAAGCGUCAUGAAAAUAUUCACCUCAAAAACAAGCCUGUUAGACCCCAGUAAAUGUUUAGCACCAUCAACAACACAAUG